UUUUUUCUGUCGCUGUAAGUAUGGAAAGAUUCUUAUGCCGAACUGUCUCACCCCGACCCCGCUCGUACUAAGCCGGGUUUUCUACAGUGAACAAAACGGCUGAUGUAUUGGGUGGUAGCGUGUUUCGUGAAAACAACAGCCAUAUCAAAACAGAAAUGGCAACUGAGUCACGGAUCCUCACCCUGCGGAACCUCGUUUCCGGGAACGAGCUCGAGUUCGACCUCGGACAAGAGCAGCAAUUCAUCUCGAUAGACGAUUUGAAGCGGCUGAUUGCCAAAGCGGACGCGAAAGACCGGAACCAGGAGGACCCUGGGCUGUACGCAUACCAACGCGUGGAGAUCUGUGUGCGCGAAGAUCGAGAGCACCUGCUCCUGUCCAGCUGCCUGGCGCCCACCCAAGCGGGAGAUGACGCAAAGCCUCCUGUUACGGACGACGGCGCUGGCACCGAGCUGGAGGGCAAGGAGAGCAGACCGUAUGCCGCUCCGCCAAGCGGUGACAAGGAAGAUGCUGACUUCCUCGUGAUGGCCGAAACAGACCGUGAUAUGCCGGAGGACCGGAAGGACAGGAUGUCCGAUGCGGACAGCAACAGCUUGUCUGCCCGUUGCAGCGAAGAGAACGUGGCCUACCGGCACCUGCUCGUCGAGUAUGAUCGGACCGCGAAGUCGCCGGACUUUCUCAUCAAUGUGGCGGAAGCACUUGCUGUCGAGGACCCUUUCAAGUUCUACUUGCUGCCCAGCGAACCCUUUCCCGACCGGGCCACGCUGGACGAUGCGGUGAUCGCCCUGGCGGGAUGCUCCUUCUCGCCGCGCGAAGGUGAUCCUUUUUGGGAGGGUUUUUUUCGAGCGUUUCCGCCGGGAACCACCGCGGAGGAGAUCCAGAAUGAGUCGCGGGCCCACCUCCGCGAGAUCGUCUGUGUCCGCGGCCCCUUUGUGUCUUGGAAUGUUUCGCUCGUGCCCGAUGUUUCCGAGCUUUUCCGCCCGCUGCCUUGGUUCAACGAAAACAUUGCAGACUGGCGGGUCGGCGGGUGCACGAGGAUGACCUCGCUGUUUGAUCAGUGCUCCGAAUUCAACAGUGAUAUCUCGCACUGGGACGUCAGUUGCGUGACAGACAUGAGUUACAUGUUUGACAGCUGCUCUCGCUUCAACCAACCCAUUGGAAGCUGGAACGUGGCGAACGUGCAGCGGAUGGAGUCCAUGGUACUGCAUAAAAAAUCUGGCUCUCGUCCCGCCACUACAACUGUCUGCAUAAUGGAGAUAAGUACUGCUAGACAAAGUUUUUCGUCAUCUUGGUACGCUUGAUCAUACUGUUUGAAGCACCACUGAGUACAUCACAGUGCCAAUCGGAUGAACAAGUGAGUGGUAUUAAGUCCCUCUAGUAGCGGACGGGCUUCUCUUCCAUAUCUUUUCGCAAAGUGUAGGGAGUUCGACCAGCCGCUGGGCGGCUGGGACGUGUCGAGCGUACAGACGAUGACCAGCAUGUUUUACGACUGUGUCAAGUUCAACCAAGACUUGAGUUCUUGGGACGUGCGCCGGGUGCGGGAUUUCAGUUACAUGUUCAAUGGGGACCACCUCGACUCCUUGCCCUUCGAUGGUGACAUCAGCGGGUGGCAGGUGCACGAAAAUGCAAAUGUUUUCCGGAUGCUAAUUCGGUGUGCCAACUUCUCCCACACUUUGGCGCAGUGGCCGCGGCACCAGCGUGAGAAGGUACUGAAGGACCUUGCCGACGCACAAGAGUGGCUCCGCAAGCAACUCGCACAAGCACUCCAAGAUGAAUCAUGAUCAGUGAGAUGUGUGAUGAUGUCCCAGCUCGCAGUCACGAACUGCAGCCGGUGUGGGGUGUAGUGGUUGAUUGUGAUAUAAGAAGUUCGAUCCCGAACGAAGAGAGAAGUUCGAAGAUCCCGAACGAAGAGCAGCAAAAUUUCAUGUUCUGGACACGGUGAAUCACUUGCCGCGAAGGACAAAUAGCAUUACUUAUACCACAGUACUCCACGAAGCCCACUACACGCACAAUGAGAUUAGUCUUGCGACCAGGAGUUGAUGAAAAUGAUGGUGGUACUUAAGCACAGUUGUGUCUGGGAUUUGAUGCCAUUGUAGUUCUACUUUUCCAUUGACGGAUUAUCGGGCGAUAAAAGCAUCAAAUUUAUUCGUUGAAAAGCGCAUGACAAACUACGUCAUCUUUCUUGUAGUUGUUCCUCUUCUAAUGCUUUUACGCUGCUGCGCCGAGAAGAGACACGGACAAAACAGCAGCAAGGCUGAGAGAAUUCAGAGCCAGGGAACUGCGAGCACCUAUUCAUUGUGUGCGCGUUGAGUUUGACUUUGAAACCUAUCCGCGCUUUAUUGUGUUGUUGCGAAACUGGAGCUUGAGG